AUGAAGAUCACCUACAUGAUCGUUGUUGCGUUCGCAUUGGUCGGUAUCGCGGAGCCAAAAUUGUCACCAAAAAGAAAGGAAAGAAGCGUAACUAUAUUAGGACCAUCUGGUUAUGACUUUCUUGGAAUCGAGCCAAUCUUUUCUACCGAUUCAUGGUCUCCAAACAAUUUUGGACCAACUCCCUGGAAUGCCGCAAAAGUGCCAGAUAUUCCCUUAUCGCAAGUUCAGGUCCAAGCGACGCAUGACGUCGCUCUUCAGACGUUACGGGAACCACCUAGUGGCACACCCAGCGUUGCAUAUCCUCCGGAUGUGCUGAAAGCUAUUCAACAGGCGAAGGAAGCAAAUCAAAAUGUAAAUCGGGCGCAGCAUAAGGUAGCAGAAGCUAAACAAGCUGCCAUUGUUCAGCAGAAGGUUGCUCUGGCUAAGGAAGCUGCGGCAAGGGAAGCUGUGGCGAGAUCGCAAGAAAUUUCGUCUGCUGCCGAAGCGGAAGCUAAAUCGAGCGCAAAACAGUUAGUAGCUCUGCAACAAAGAUUGGCGUCAUUGAAGGAUGCGGUUGCAGCUGCACAGCGGGUUGCCGCAGCAAGGGAAGCAGCUGCGGCUGCUGCCAUUCAGAGAAACGCUGCUGCGACGGCUGCUGAGUUACAGAAACAGGACGUUGACAAACAGAUCAGUCAAAGCGAGCAGGAAGCAAAGGAGAAAGAUAUAAUCGCUGCCAAGGAGGAAGCUGUUGCAAAUGCUGUACGAUUCGCGUCAUUAGGAAAAUCGACGCAUCAUCCUUGGGGUCGUUAAACGCUUUCCACUUAAAAUAAUCACGAAUGUUUUUUUUCUAUUCUUUGUU